AUGCAAAAGCAAAUUUAUAAACAAUAUGAAAAUUCAGAUGUUGUAAAAUAUGGGAACAACGUCGGAUUGUUGUUCACUUGUGACCAUGCUACUAAUGUAUUGCCAUAAGGUCAUGAAUGGUCAGAGGAGGAUCAAAGAAAUUUCGCAAACACUCAUUGGGCUGUCGACAUAGGAGCAUUGAAUUUGGCGAAAUAUUUGGCCAAUCAUACUGAGUCUACUCUUGUGAAUAGUAAAUACAGUCGUCUUUAUUGCGAUGUCAACAGGCAAAUUUAGUCAGAAUCACUCUUCAGAUAGACAGGAGAUAACCAAAAAAUUGAAUUGAAUUAAAAUUUAUCUCUCGAAGAACAAUGGAUAAGAAUCCAAUACCAUUCUAAUUAUCAUUUCGAAGUCAGAUAAGCUAUUCAUGAAUUGAAACCUAAGUUCAUAUACUCAAUUCACUCCUUUACACCUGAAUAUGAGGGAAAAAAGAGAGAUGUUGAGAUAGGCAUAUUGACUAGCCUUUUCGACGAAUUCGGAGAGGCACAUCAACAAAUACUAAAAAAUAAAGGAUACGAUUGUAGAGUCAAUGAACCUUAUACUGGAAAAAAAGGUUUAAAUUAUUCUAUUGACUGUGCGUGUUUGACAUUUGCUAAACCCAUAGUUGGAACUCUGUUUGAAGUUAGGAACGACAUCCUCAGCAACCCAGAGAGAUUUGCGAAGGUUUCUGCAGAUAUACUAGCAACCAUUUUAGAAGUCAUUGGAAAAUGGAAAUGA